AUGGGAUACGCCUCAGAAGAAGAGAUCAAGGCGGGCGAGCCCCGCUUCGUUAAAUACAACUACAACGAUGUCGCCAUCCCCGAGGAUUUCCUCGCUGGGCCACCUCCUGAGCCCGUCAAGAUGGGACACGUCGACUUCGCUUCUUCCAGUAUCCCAGAGUACGAAGGCAAGAUCGCCGUCGUUCUAGACAACGUUCUAUCGGAACCCGAAUGCCAACAAUUUAUGGAGCUGGCAAAGGAGGCAGUACCAGAUUGGUCACCAGCGCUGAUCAACGUCGGGGGAGGCUUGGAGUCGCACAUCCCCAAAUACCGCUCGGGCUCGCGCAAGGUCUGGGAUCACCAAGGCAUGGUGGACUCGAUUUUCAACCGAUGUCUUGAGGCCCCGGGAGUCAAAGAGGUCCUGGCCAGACCACCAAAGUUGGACGAAACAUCGGACCAAGCAGCUGUCAACCCUGAGCACUGGGAACUUGUGGGACUCAACAACCGGUUGAGGAUCCUCAGGUAUACCCAAGGGGAAUACUUCAAGGCACAUGACGACGGGUCAUACUCGCCCCCAAGCGAGAACGGGACACGUUACGCUUCUUUCUACUCUAUCCACGUGUACUUGAACUCGUCGACCAUGCAAUCCCCACCACCAGAGGGGGGUUGUGUGGGAGGCGCGACAAGCUUCUACUCCGAAGACGAGACGAGGUCCUUUGACAUUCAAGCCAUGACGGGGCGCACUCUCAUUUUCCAGCAGAGCGGCCUGCGGCACUCGGGCGCAGACGUCACGGAAGGGGUCAAGUACUCGGUGCGGACGGACGUCAUGUAUCGCUAUAUCGGCCCCUAA